AUGAAAGCACCGGUAAGAACAGCCGUUCGGGUUUUGGAUCAGCAGCUUGAUCAGCCCAUGGAUGAAGAGGCUAAAAGGCUGAGAAACAUGCACGAGGAACAGAAAUUUUCAGCAUUAGAGCUCGUGCAGGUAGCAUUUCAAAGCCUUGGCGUUGUAUAUGGAGAUUUAGGCACAUCUCCUUUGUAUGUUUUCUACAAUACGUUUCCUGAUGGAAUUGGUGAUCCGGAGGAUUUGAUUGAAGCUUUAUCUGUUAUUAUCUAUUCCCUCACCCUUAUUGUACUCCUGAAGUACGUUUUUAUUGUCUGUAGAGCAAAUGACAAUGGUCAAGUGCCAAAUGAGGCUAUUCCUAACCAAGACCAAACGGAUGAGGCACUCACAACAUAUAGUCAUUCUAUGUUUGGUGAGAAAUCAUUUGCUGCAAGAACCAGGAGAUGGUUGGAGGGACAUGCAUUUAUGCAGAGCACACUUCUUAUCCUUGUCCUAGUUGGCUCUUCCACGGUGAUUGGGGAUGGGAUUCUGACUCCAGCCAUAUCAGUUCUGUCAGCGGUUGGGGGGAUCGACAUACGCCACUCUGAGAUUAGUAAUGGUAUCUCCAUAAGCUUGACAUAA